UGAUCAGCUGUGUCCAAUCACAGAUGAUCACAUGGCACUGAUGAUAAGUGUGCCCUGAUGAUCAGUGUCACCUGUCAGUGUCCAUCAGUGUCUUAUGUCAGUGCCUCGUGCCAGUGCCACAUCAAUGCCACAUAUCAGUGCACACCAGUGCACAUCAAUGCCACAUAUCAGUGCCCAUCUGAGCUGCCUUUCAGUGUCACCCAUCAGUGCCAAUCAGUGCUGCCAAUCAGUGCCACCUAUCAGUGCCAGUCAGUGCCACCUAUCAGUGCCAAUCAGUGCCGCCUAUCAGUGCCAGUCAGUGCCGCCUAUCAGUGCUGCCUAUCAGUGCCAUAUAUCAGUGUCAUGUAUCAGUGCUGCCUUUCAGUGCCCAUCAGUGAUGCCUGUCAAUGCCCAUCAGUG